AUGUCAAAGCUAGCCAAGAAUGUGUAUAUCGUUGCUGCUAAAAGAACGGCAUUUGGGACAUUUUGCGGUAAACUGUCUGGAUUUACUGCUACUGAACUGGGAGGCAUUGCUUCUGUCGCGGCUGUAAAGACUCUGCCUCAAGGAACUCCCAUCGACUCGGUCAUUUACGGAAAUGUCAUUCAAACCUCAAAGGAUGCUGCAUACCUAUCUCGACACGUGGGACAUCGAGCUGGUCUUCCAAUUCACGCUCCUGCCCUCACACUAAACAGAUUAUGCGGCUCAGGGUUCCAAUCUGUUAUCUCGGCGGCUCAGGAAAUCAUUACCGGUGAAGCUCAUAUCGUGCUGGCUGGUGGUACCGAAUCCAUGACUCAGGCGCCAUUCGUGUUGAGGAAUGUUAGGCAGGGGACGAAAUACGGGACUGAUUUAACCAUGGAGGACUCAUUAGCACAUUCCCUGAUUGACCAGUAUCCAACACAGACUCCAAUGGCAAUCACGGGCGAAAACUUGGCUAAAAAAUAUGGAAUCUCAAGAGCUGAUGCUGAUGCUUAUGCUCUAUCGAGUCAGCAACGUUGGGCCGCUGCAAAUGAGGCUGGCAGAUUCAAAGCCGAAAUCACUCCCAUUGAAAUCAAAGUCAAAAAGGCGACUGAAGUAUUUGCUGUCGAUGAACAUGCUAGGCCAAAGACUACGUUGGAAGGAUUGGCUAAACUGAAUCCUGUCUUUUUGAAGGAUGGUACUGUUACUGCUGGUAACGCAUCUGGAAUGGGAGACGGUGCUGCCUCUUUAAUCGUUGCAAGUGAAGAAGCUGUAAAAAAGCACAAGUUAACACCGCUAGCUCGUAUUGUGAGCUGGAAUUAUGUCGGGUGUGAACCUACCAUCAUGGGUAUUGGACCAGUACCAGCCAUCAAAGAAGCACUACGACGAGCUGGGUUAACGCUGAAGGAUAUGUCAUUGGUUGAAGUUAAUGAGGCUUUCGCAGUACAGUAUCUUGCUGUUGAAAAGGAAUUGGGUCUAGAUCGAUCCAUUACGAAUACUAAUGGUGGUGCUAUUGCUCUUGCACAUCCAUUGGGAGCAAGUGGUGCCAGAAUCACUGUUCAUUUAGUACACGAAUUGAAGAGGAUUAAUGGCAAAUAUGCUGUGGGUGCUGCCUGCAUCGGUGGUGGACAGGGUAUUGCUAUUGUGCUAGAGAGGGCGUAA